CUUUGCAAGCUGUGGCCGGUGGGACUUGCGCCUGCGCACAAAAUAAUUCGACUCUCAAACCCGGAUGUAACCAACGCCUAACCUGUCUGAAGAAAACGAUGCAGACUAUAAAAUGUGUUGUGGUAGGAGAUGGUGCAGUCGGAAAGACCUGCUUACUAAUCUCCUACACAACCAACAAGUUCCCCUCAGAAUAUGUGCCUACAGUUUUUGACAAUUAUGCAGUGACAGUGAUGAUUGGAGGAGAGCCCUACACGCUCGGCCUCUUUGACACAGCAGGUCAGGAGGAUUAUGACAGGCUGCGUCCUCUCAGCUACCCACAAACAGACGUGUUCCUUGUAUGUUUCUCUGUCGUCUCCCCAUCAUCAUUUGAAAAUGUCAAAGAAAAGUGGGUCCCUGAGAUUUCUCAUCACUGCCCAAGCACACCUUUCCUGUUGGUGGGCACACAAGUAGACCUGCGGGAAGACAACAACACUGUGGAGAAGCUGGCAAAGAACAAACAGCGCCCCCUUUACCCUGAGAGUGGCGAGAAGCUGGCACGCGAGCUCAGGGCUGUUAAAUAUGUGGAGUGCUCCGCACUAACACAGCGAGGGCUUAAGAAUGUGUUUGAUGAAGCCAUACUGGCAGCCCUGGAGCCCCCUGAGACCAAAACUAAGAGGAAGUGUGUUCUCCUAUAGAUAUGAAUGUCAACAAUAAGAGAUAAAAUGGUAUAAGAAUUGCAUGGAUUUUUUUUUAUUGGAAACAUCAACAUCCAUUAGAGGAGGUUUAAAAAAAAAAAAAAAAAAAAAAAAAAGGGACAAACCAAAUAAGAUGGUGAGUGCUGUCCCGUUGAGAAGUAUCCUAACACACAUGUCCACUGUGCCUUACAUGAAACUUUGAAAGAGGCUGAGGGUGUAAAACUUCCAGUGUCCAGUAAGUGCCACUUAUCUCUUUUUCUCAAAGCUUUUAUAAAUCAGUGUUCUCUUUUAAUAUCCAGGUGGGGCAGGCCCCCCCCUGCCUCUUACCGCUCUGUGCUCCAUUUUUUUUUAAAGGAAAUAGUCUCUGAGAAAGUAGUUGUUACCUCACCCUGCGUUGUAAAAUGGGAUAGAGGGAAGUGGUAAAACAUGGGCAAGUCAAUGUUUAGUGGUACUUUUUCCUGGAUUGAAUAAUAAAAGCCCAAGAGAUUUAUUGUCACUCCAUCCAAGUAAAGCUGUAUGUCAUGGUUACUUUCCUCCAGUUCCCAGCUACUAUUUUGGGAGGUCAGUUGCAUUUUUAUUACCAGUUUUAAUUCUUCAGGUGACUUUUUUUUCUUCAUGUGCUUUAUAUAAAUUCUUUAUUUCUGUUUUGGGAAAUUUUUAUGUUUAUUUUUUUUAUUUUUUUUUUUUUUCUUCUUUUUGAAACUUGAAUUUUUAUUUCAUCCAUCUUUUUUCUUUAAUUGUUAUUUGACCAAUGAUAACAAUUUAAGUUGUAAUAUUUUUAAUAACUGAUGAUGAACUUUUUCUAGUAAAUAUCUGGGAAUUUGUAAUCACAGGAUAUUUUUAAUAAAAUUGUUCUACUAAAAAUGAA